CUUUCCCUUCGCCUGUCGUUGCCAGCCGCUAAAGGGUCGAAUUUUCAGCUCCGCCAGGCGCUCGCGUUAGAAAAAGUAUUGGAACAUCGCCCGACUAUGAAAGCCAGCCAUACCCCUCUCUUUCAUCGCCACUUUCACAGGCGCAGCUGUGGAAAGCAUCGAGAACGUCGCUGUCAUCCCCAAAAUAAACACACAUAUCAGAAAUGGCCGCAGCAUUCGAUGAAUUAGAGUGUCUUGAAGCCCUUGAAGACCUAGAUGCUGCAGACCAACAUGAUAUUCCCAGAAGAUGCAUCACUGACAGGAUGAAUCUUUUCCAUUCUCCGCAUGACGAGGAGUUCAUCAAAAGAUUCCGCUUAUCAAAAACAACAGCGCUCAAUUUACUAGACAAGCUACAGAUUCAAGGAACUCGAGAUGGGAGAGGAUCCCCAGUACCACCCCGCCUACAACUGUUAAUUACAUUGCCAUGGAUGGCCACUGGUAGCUUCCAGUUGACUAUUGCUGACACUUUUGACGUUUCACAACAACUUGUGAGCAACUGCACAGCCCAAAAUAGUCCGAGCCAUUGCAUCUCUGCUACAAGAUUAUGUGAAACGACCAUCGAGAGAACAUUUUUCUAA